CGCGCCGGUCACCUGACGCGGCUGCGGGCUGAGAAGACACAAGAGCCGUCGCUGUCGCCACAGUCGGAGCCGUCUCAGCCACCGCCUGGAGCCGCCGGGACUCUCCACCUCGCCGCCCCCGCCCAGCCUGCCGCGCCAUGCCGUCGGAGAAGACCUUCAAACAGCGCCGAACCUUCGAACAAAGAGUAGAAGAUGUCCGACUUAUCCGAGAGCAGCAUCCCACCAAAAUCCCGGUAAUAAUAGAACGAUACAAAGGUGAGAAGCAGCUUCCAGUCCUGGAUAAAACAAAGUUCCUGGUGCCUGAUCAUGUCAACAUGAGUGAGCUCAUCAAGAUAAUUAGAAGGCGCUUACAGCUCAACGCUAAUCAAGCCUUCUUCCUGUUAGUGAAUGGACAUAGCAUGGUGAGUGUGUCCACGCCAAUUUGUGAAGUGUAUGAAAGCGAGAAGGAUGAAGAUGGAUUCCUGUAUAUGGUAUACGCCUCUCAGGAGACUUUUGGAAUGAAACUGUCUGUGUAAGACUAAAAAAAUAUGUGUCUGUUCUAGAAUUUAAACCCUUACCAAGGAAUAAAAAAGGGAUGUUACCA